UCUGUGCAGCCUCUCGCCGCUUCAUCAUGGAUCUGGGAACUAAAAGAGUUGCUGGGAUUAUCGCUCAGGUCGCCCUGCUUCUCUCCUGCUCGUACGGGACAACCGGAGAAGACGUGUGUGACAGUGCACUGGUGUCCAAUCUGCCGCCAUCUUCCUUUCGAAGCUCCUCCCAGCUGUCCAGCAGCCACGCACCAGGAUUCGCCAAACUCAACAAAAGAGAAGGAGCUGGAGGUUGGUCACCUCUCAUCUCAGACAAGUAUCAGUGGUUGGAGGUUGACUUGGGCGAGCGCACCAAGAUCACAGCUGUUGCCACACAGGGCCGCUAUGGCAGCUCUGAUUGGCUGACGUCCUACCUGUUGAUGUUCAGUGACACGGGACACAACUGGAAGCAGUACAGACAGGAGGAUAGUAUCGGGUCAUUUCCAGGUAACAGCAAUGCAGACAGUGUGGUUCAAUACAAGCUGCAACAAGCGGCGAUCGCGCGCUUUCUCCGCCUCAUUCCUCUCGACUGGAAUCCCAGCGGACGGAUCGGACUAAGACUGGAAACCUACGGAUGUCCUUACACCUCUGAUGUGGUGAGCUUAAAUGGCGGCAGCAGCAGCCUGGUGUACAGGCUCAGUCCUGGGCCGUGGCGGACAUCCAAAGAGGUUGUCUCUCUGAAGUUUAAAACCCUGAGGAAUUCUGGGAUGCUACUGCAUGCAGAGGGGCAGCAGGGAGUCAGCCUCAGCCUGGAGUUAGAGAGAGGAAAGCUACAGCUGCUGCUCAGAAAAGGUAUGACUUCCCUUGAACCACAGCGUCUCACCUCUCUUGGCAGCCUGUUAGAUGAUCAGCAUUGGCACCAUGUAGUACUGGAGCAAAGAAAUGCUCACCUCAACCUCACUGUGGACAAAAACACGGAAAGAGUUCAGCUCCCUGCAGAGUUUAGCCGCUGGGACAUUGAACAGUUGAGUUUAGGUGCCGUCCACAGCCUCAGCUCUCAGAAACCAGACAUCUCCAAGAAGAACCUCCAUGGCUGCAUAGAAAACCUGCUGUACAACGACGUCAACUUGAUCGAGCUAGCUCAGAAACGUGACCGCCAAGUUACUGUAAGGGGCAAUGUGACCUUUUCUUGUGCUGAGCCAGUUUCCAUUGCUUUGACGUUCCCCGGGCCCCAGAGUUUCCUCCAGUUGCCAGGGACUACAACGUCCUCUCUGGAUGGUGUGUCUGUAGGUUUCCAGUUCAGGACAUGGAACAGGGCAGGACUUCUGCUCACCUUUGGCCUCCUUCAAAAAGGGGGCAUGGUCUGGUUAUACCUGAGUGACGCCAGGCUCCGACUGCAGAUCCAUAAAGGCGGCACAGUGGUGUUAGAGCUCAGUGCAGGUGCUGCUCUGAGUGAUGGUCAGUGGCAUUCAGUGGAUCUUACAUGCAGACGGGGUCGCCUCACAAUCUCUGUGGAUAAAGAAGAAGGAGGCAUAGCUCAUGCCACCCCCUCAUUUCCUGUCACCACAGGAAGUCAGCUCUUCUUUGGUGGUUGUCCUGCUGAAGAGCACAGUGAGGAAUGCAGAAACCCCUUUGAGACUUUCCAGGGCUGCAUGCGCCUCCUCACUGUGGAGAACCAGCCAGUCGAUCUAAUUAUGGUACAGCAAAGACUGCUGGGAAAUUACAGUCAGCUGCUGAUCGACAUGUGCGGCAUCACUGACAGGUGUUCUCCCAGCCGUUGUGAACAUGGUGGCCGCUGCAGCCAAUCCUGGACCGUCUUUCACUGUAACUGCUCUGACACCGGCUACAGCGGAGCAACCUGCCACAGCUCUGUGUACGAACAGUCCUGCGAGGCGUACAAACACAACGGCAACACGUCAGGACAUUUUUAUAUUGAUGUGGACGGCAGCGGACCAAUCAGACCACAGCUGGUCUACUGCAACAUGACAGAGAAGAACACAUGGAUGGUGCUCCCGCACAACAACACAGAGCUGACCCGAGUCCAACCCUCUCCGGGUGUGUCCCAGCAUUCAGUUCAUUUUGACUAUUCAUCUCAAGAGGAGCAGCUGUUGGCUGCCAUCAGCCAGUCAGAGCACUGCGAACAGGAACUGUCCUACCACUGCAGGAAGUCCCGCCUCCUCAACACUCUGGAGGGCUCUCCAUUUAGCUGGUGGCUCGGUGGUCCCGGUCAAGGUCGAGUCCAGACUUACUGGGGAGGGGCACAUCCAGGAAGCCAGCAGUGUGCCUGUGGCCUGCAGGGUGACUGUGUGGAUCUACAACACUACUGCAACUGUGAUGCUGAUCGCCUGGAGUGGACUGAAGACUCAGGCCUUCUGACCCAUAAGGACACCCUCCCCAUCAGGUCUCUGGUGCUGGGUGACAUCCAGAGGCCGGGCUCAGAGGCUGCCUACAGGGUGGGACCACUCCGUUGCCAUGGAGACAAGAACUUCUGGAAUGCCGCAUUUUUCGACAAGGAGACGUCGUAUCUCCACUUCCCCACCUUCCAUGGAGAGCUGAGCGCCGACAUCUCCUUCCUUUUUAAAACCACGGGCUCGUCUGGUGUGUUCCUGGAAAACCUUGGCAUCAAAGACUUCAUCCGCAUUGAACUGAGCUCCUCCACUCAGGUGGUUUUCUCCUUUGAUGUUGGUAACGGCCCGCUGGAGGUUCGCGUGGAGUCGAGCGUCCCGCUGAAUGACAACCGGUGGCAUCGAGUCCGAGCCGAGCGGAACGUGAAGGAGGCGUCGCUUCGACUGGAUGAACUUCCUGUCGCCACGCAGGAGGCGCCAGCUGACGGACACUUCCACCUGCAGCUCAACAGCCAGCUGUUCAUAGGAGGCACAGCAUCCAGGCAGAAGGGCUUCCGGGGCUGUAUCCGCUCUCUGCAGCUGAAUGGCGUCACUCUGGACCUGGAGGAGAGGGCGAAGAUCACACCAGGGGUUCAGCCUGGCUGCCCGGGUCACUGCAGCAGCUACGGCUCGCUCUGCCAGAACCAGGGACGCUGUGUGGAGAGAGCCAAUGGCUUCCAGUGUGACUGCAGCCUGUCAGCACAUGUUGGAGUCUUCUGCCAAACAGAGGUGUCAGCCAGCUUCAAGUCUGGAACUUCAGUCAUGUACACCUUCAAGGAGCCCUACGAGCUGAGCAGGAACAGCAGCGCUCUGCCAUCCUCCAUCUACUCCGACCUGACGCUCAGAGGAGAGAACGUCUCCCUGAGCUUCAGGACGAACCAGAGUCCAGCUCUGCUGCUCUAUGUCAGCUCCUACUACAGAGAAUACCUGGCUCUGCUUAUCAACAGGCAUGAUAAGCUGGAGGUGAGAUACAAGCUGGACAGUAGCAGAGAUGCUGAAGUGUUAAAGAGCAGCGUGAAGAGUGUGGCCAACGGACAGCUGCACACGGUUGCCAUCAGGAGACUGACGGACUCUGUGUCUGUCCAGAUUGAUGAAAAUGCCAGAGAAGACUUCAAUCUGACAUCCGACGGGGAAUUCAACGCCGUCAAGUCGCUGGUGUUGGGCAGAGUGCACGAGUCCGAUGACCUAGAUCCAGACCUGGCCAGGCUGGCGUCCCUUGGUUUUACCGGCUGUCUGUCGGUGGUUCGCUUCAACGCCAUUAGCCCUCUGAAAGCAGCACUUCUCCACCCAGACACCAGCCCUGUCAUCAUCACUGGACCUUUAGUCCAGUCUAACUGUGGCUCUGCGGCUUCAGCCAAUCCCUAUGCAGCUGAGAACACACACCACCUGUCAGAUCAGUCUGGUUCGACAGGUUCAGGUCAACCUUUGAUCAAUGCCAUUAGGACGGACUCGGCUCUUAUUGGAGGUGUCAUCGCUGUUGUUAUCUUUGUGGUUGUGACUGGACUGGCAAUAACAGCCAGAUUCCUCUACCGGAGAAAAGAGACAUAUCGAAACCAGCAGGUGAAGGGAGUCCAACAGGAGAACAGCCAGGAUUUUCCCUUUAACAACCAGGCUGACUCCCAGAAUGUCUCCAGUGAAAACCCAAAGGAGUAUAUUAUUUAACCUGAUGCCUGAAUGCCUGAUGAGAUGGUGGUUUUUUGGAGAUGAGGGUGCAGACCGGACUGUCCAAUCA